AUGGUCUUAGCUGCGUCAGAAGAUCCGUCAGAAAACUUCUUCUUCUUGUUGGUGGGAGUGGCGCAGAGCACGUGGGUGCAGUAUCUGCCAAGCGACCAGCUGCCAGCCACGGCAGAGCAUCGCUUCCAGGCGCUGUUCACCGUGCAGCCCAUGUGGGCGCUGGGGGAUUUAGAGCCUAACGUCAUUGAUCUACAGGGGCCCGGCCAAUCAGUGGAGACCCUUCUCAUGCGAUUCACUCGUAAGGUACAGGAGGGGGCAGAUAAACCUGAGCUGUACUGCGCUCGAUAA